AUGCCCAUGGUUUCUCAUAAUCAACAACAAUUCCACCUGUCUCACGAGGAAGAGGAAAAACUAAACCAUUUCCAAGCAAUUACUACGUUCCCAGAUGACGAUUUGCCCUCUGUGAUAAAGCUUUUAGAAAGAGAUGGCUGGGGAUUGGAAUUGGCUUUAAGUCAUUAUUUUGAUGGUAAUUGGAAAGAACUUAUAAGACCUGUAGAGGCACCACCUAUACCGGAUAGACCACCUACACCAACACCAGUAGGCUCACCAGCUUUACCACAAAAUUCGAUGUUCCGAGGCCCUUUUAUUGCAUCAGACAGCAAUCUAGUCCCUGCAUUACGUAGCGUUAGACCUUUACCUAUGGACUACAAGGAAAGAUAUAGAAGUAUAGGCCUUAAUAAGAAAAAUGUGGGCAUAUGGCAACUAGACCAACAGGAGAGUCCUUUCAUAAUAGUUCUCAUGUUUUUGCCCAAGCUACUAUGGAGAUUAGGUUUCAGUAUUGGAUCAUUGAUUUGGGGGAUCAUUACGUUCGGAUUCCGUUCACACGUUGAAGAAAGUCCUAAAGUGUUUAAUCUACCGGCUUCGCCAAAGGAGCAGCCCCUUCCCCUCAGUGAAACUCUGCCCCAGGUGAUUAGUGACGAAAAUGCUGUGAACAGAUUAUCUAAAUUAGUUUGCAAGGAUAUGACAUUCAACGAUGCAUUGAAACAGUGUGAAGACGAAUUUAAGUAUCUGUUAUUGAUCUUUGUUGGUGAUACAAACCCCGCUGAAGGAGACGUCACAGAUGUGAACUCACAAAGAUUAUUGAACAGAAUUUUGACCAACGAGACAGUUUUGCAUUUCCUUGAGGAACAUCAGGAUGAAAUUAUCAUUUAUGCAAGGCACGUCGCUGAACUAGAACCAUGGCUAGUGGCAAAGGAAUUGAAAGUCAAAUAUACGCCAGAAUGUCUGCUGGUGGGAAACGUGCUAAACAGCAGCGGGACUUUGAACGGUGUGACAAAGCUCUCGGUGUUAUCCAAAUUACGUGUAAGUUCUCCCAAGAAGUUUUACCAUUCUUUGAAGAUGGUUUACGAGAGGUUCAAUGCAGAAUUGAUUGUUAGUAGAACUGAAAAGGAUGAAUUGAGACUGGCUAGAGAAAUCAAGCAGUUACAAGAUAGUGCCUAUGAGGAAUCCCUCAAGAAAGAUCAAUUGAAGAAAGAACAACGUGAACUAGCACAAGAAGAAGAGAAGGCUAGGCGUGAUCGCGAAUUGGAAGUGGCCAACAACAAGAAAUUACAGUCUACAUUGAACCAACUAUCUUGGCUAAAAGCCUGUCAUGACCGUUUGACCACAGAGGAAGAAUCUGUAGCAAAGGGUGAGAAGCGUGCUACUUUACAAUUCAGGACUUCAAAUGGGGCUAGACUGGUUUUGAAGUUCCCUGGUGAAACUACUUUGCACGACUUGUACAUCAAAAUCGGUUGCCACCUGUAUUUGAACUACUAUCGAAAUGAUCUUCAAGGUUGGUCGGAGCAAAUUUUGACCAAAUUGCAGAGACUAAGUGAAGACGAGGAGUUUUUGUGUUUCAAAGGUGAUCAGACUGGAUACCACCCAGAUCAAGUUCCACAGUUGGUUGAGCAAGAAUUAUUCAAUCUAGGUGACGGGAGUCUACAACUGAAAAGUCCAAAGAUGGACUUCGAAUUAAUUUCGCCUUUCCCUAGAAAAAAAAUCGAGCAAAAUGCUCAAAUCCUUUUGAAGGACAUUCCUGAACUUUGGCCAAAUGGCAGUUUGUUAGUAGAAGAUAUUGUUGAUGAUGAUGCUGAUACAGAUGUCGAGGAGGAGGAGGAUUAG